AUGAGCACAACUAUAUUGGGAUUAAUUGAUAACAUUUAUGCAAACCGUGCAAAUGAAACCAUGGAUGAUAAGAGGAGGAUGUGCCUAGAAUUUUCUAAGGAGCUAUUAAACCUGGAUGGUACAGAUUUUUUGAAGAUGGUUACUAAUUUGGUUUCAAAUGAAGAAAAAUCAAAUAAAUUUUUCUCUACACUUGCACAAGCAUUAAUACUUAGUAAAGGCGAUAAAUGUGAUAAGAGACUGUUAUUAAUAGAUAGACUACUUACAGGAAGUAGGAAUAUUAUGGAAAGUGUUUUGUCUCCUAUUCUAGCUAUACUUCUAUGGAUUUAUUUAACCAGAGCUCUCUGUACUGUAUCAUCAAUUCCAAAAUGUCACCUAAGCUCUGAUGACUUAGAUAAUUCAAUUUUGAGACCUGAGUACGAUGGAAUUGAACAGAUUCUAUUAAGGAUUUGUAGUCGAAAUGUUGAUUUAUUGAAUUCAGAUUCUUUUAAUCUAUAUUUACAUGAGGACGAUUUGAGCUCAUCAGCCAUUUUAGGUGCUAAUAAAUUAAAAUUAUUUAAGCAAAAUAGAGAGUUAGAGAAGAAACACAAGUUCGUCAAUUUUGUUGAAAAUUUCGAUAGAGAUAAUCAUUUCAAUUCCCCUAUAGGCCACAAAGACCAAACCAUUCUUGUGCAAAUCUGCAUUCUAAUCAUCUAUAAAUUAAAUUUCAAUAAUACCUUAACUUAUAUUUGGAUCAUCUUGGGGCUUUGUAGUUCUCUUUCAAAUCAAGAACUAAUACCUAUUGAUCUCACAUCUAUAAAUUUUGAAAAAAGAGAGAUCUCUGGAAAUGAGUCAAAAAUCAGAAUAAAUUUAGAAGAUGAUACAUUAAUAAUAUUGUGUAAACUAAUAGGGCGAUGCUUAUUUUCACUGAGUUCAACUAACCACAAUGCAAACAUUAAAAAAAUUAUAUAUGAAAAAAUUAGAAGUACUUUAACUAAAGUACAGAAAAGGUCCAUUUGCGAGGUUAUGCCUUACUCAAGCUCGUUUAUUUCCUCAUAUAUUGUUUUAAUCGAAAGAAUACUGAACCGUUAA